AAUAGAACCGGGUUUAGACAAUCCCGAAUUUGAUUUGCGUCAAUCCAAAACCCUAGGGUUUUCAAUCGUCUCUUCUUCAGUGUCCAAAAACCCCCAAGCCUUAGGCGCGGAGGACUGCGGAGCCCAUCACAAUGUCGAUGUCGAAGAGCUCCAAGAUGCUGCAAUUCAUAAACUACCGAAUGCGAGUGACGAUCCAAGACGGUCGGCAGCUCGUCGGCAAGUUCAUGGCCUUCGAUCGCCACAUGAACCUCGUCCUCGGCGACUGCGAGGAGUUUCGCAAGCUCCCGCCAUUGAAGGGCAAGAAGAGCAACGAGGAACGCGACGACCGUCGAACCCUAGGCCUCGUCCUCCUCCGCGGCGAAGAGGUGAUCUCCAUGACCGUCGAGGGCCCGCCUCCUCAGGAAGAGUCACGUGCCAAGGCUGCCAGCGCCGCCGCUUUGGCUGGCCCCGGUUUGGGCCGGGCCGCCGGUCGAGGUAUCCCCACUGCUCCAUUGGCCCAGGCACAGCCCGGACUCUCCGGUCCGGUUCGCGGCGUGGGUGGGCCCGCCCCUGGCAUGAUGCAGCCGCAGAUUUCACGCCCUCCUGUCCCGAACCUCUCUGCGCCGCCUAUACCGCCUGGUGUGCCGCCUCCGCAGUUUCCGAGGCCUGGUGGCCCACCUCCGCAAUUCCAGGGCCCACCUCAGAUGCAGUUUGGGCAGAGGCCGAUGGGUCCUCCGCCGCCUGGGCAGAUGAUGAGGGGCCCACCUCCUCCGCCUCGACCCGGCAUGCCUGGUCCACCACCGCAUCGUCCUGGGAUGCCGCCUCCACCUGGUGGUCAAGUUCCUGUGUUUGGACCCCCUCGUCCUGGAAUGCCACCUCCACCCAACCCUCAGAACCAGCAACAAAAUCAGCAGCAGCAGUGAUUGGCAUGUUACAGGGUGUGUUCUAAAUGUUUUCUGAGGGCUGGUGGCUUGCAUCGAGUAUCAGUUUUCUGAACAGGUUUGAGCCUGUGCGAUAUUUCCUCUUGUACCUUGGGAGUUCUGUAGCUGUUACUGUUAUGAUGUGCUAAAGCAUUGACCUGGAUAUUUGUACAAUCUGACUAUUACAAUUCUAUCAAUUCGGUUUUGUCAAUUACAAAUUUACUAUUGAAAAUUGAAACG